AUAACUCAAAUCCUAAAACCCAUCAGUGGUUUCGUUCGUCUUCUUUGUCUUCCUUGGGCAAAAUUUCAACUCUCAGAGGUGUGCAAAGGAUAGGAAAAAUGGAGAGCGGUUCCCAGAGACGAUUAGAUUCACUUUCUCGCCAUUUCUUGCAGCCCCAUCAAGCCAAUCGAUCUCUUUUUCCAAAUCUACUAAGAGGGGUACAUGUGAAAGAUGUGGAGGCAGACCCAGUGCUAAUAGGAGGUAUGGUGUUGGAUAUACAAGCCACUCCUUCGAUUUCUGCAAAACCCAAAACUACAACCCCUGGAAAGGUCCACUAUGUACCAGGAGGUGUGGCAAGGAACAUUGCUGAGUGUAUGUCAAAACUCGGAACAAAGCCUUACAUGAUUAGUGCUCUGGGCCUUGACAUGGCAGGAAAUAUGCUGUUGGAGCACUGGAAAUCUGCACGGCUAUCUAUGGAAGGCAUUCGAAAGCACCAUGAUAUCCAGACAUCUGUUGUGUGUCACAUAUUUGAUGGUGAUGGAGAGCUGGCAGCAGGUGUUGCAAGUGUGGAAGCGAUUGAAAAUUUUCUCACAUCUGAUUGGAUUAGGCAAUUCAAGUGCAAUAUAUGUUCUGCUCCAGUGUUGAUGGUUGAUGCAAACUUGAGUCCUUCUGCUCUUGAAGCUUCUUGCCAGAUGGCAGCUGAGUCUAGCACUCCAGUGUGGUUUGAACCUGUUUCAGUAAUAAAAUCCAGAAGAGUUGCUUCAGUUGCCAAGUAUAUAACUUUUGCAUCACCUAAUGAAGAUGAACUUAUUGCCAUGGCAAAUGCUUUGUCUUGCAAAGAUGUGUUUCAUCCAAUUCAGCGGGACUAUGUUGGAACUAAAUGCUCAAUAGAAUCUUUGUUUCAAAUGCUAAAACCAGCAAUCCUGGUUUUGCUGGAAAAGGGUAUAAAAGUAGUUGUCUUGACUCUGGGAUCAGAUGGGGUUUUCCUAUGUUCUAAAGAAGGACCCGGCUUUAUGAACAACGUUCUGAAAGGAACCAAACCUCAAGGCUUCGGCAGCCAGUUAUAUGAAAUUAUAACUGAAAGCUGUCCUUCCAAUCUGUUUUUAAACAUUGCAACUUCUUCAAGCAAAACUUAUCCCUUUGCUGUUCAUCUUCCGGCACUUCCUGCAUCGGUUGCAAGGCUUACAGGGGCUGGGGACUGCUUGGUUGGUGGAACACUUGCUUCUAUGUGUGCAGGUCUAGAUGUUUUGCAAAGUGUGGCAGCUGGUAUUGCAGCAGCCAAAGCUGCUGUUGAGGGAGAGACCAAUGUCCCUUCUGAAUAUAGUUUGGCCAAAAUUGCAGAUGAUGCCAGACGUGUGUGCUCUUCUGCCAAAGUCAUAUCCCAUCGAUCAAUGUUGUGAUUCAAGAACUUGAUCAAAAGGACACCAGGGGCCAAGAAAGCUUGCAAUGCAGCACACUAUCUGCUUCUCCCACCACCACCCAGACCAUCAAACCCAGCUCUCUUGAAGGGCCUUCUUUUUUUUUUUUUCUAAUCUAUAAAGCAUAAUGGAGUUGAAUUGAAAAAUUAAUAUUGAUGACCUCCGAGAGUGUCGUCCUUUUUUGA